GUUGGCUAAGAAUCAACAAUUCCUAAUGCAUAAUUAUGGACACUUGCGAAAAGCUUUGUUAACAAACAAUUAAAUAGGUAAAUUUGGACAACCUAAAAGCGGAUCUUGGAUCGAAUUUAUGGGAAAGCGGUGCUAUCAUCAAUCAGAACUAUGAGUAAAUUGAACUUCAAGAAUGUUGCACUUGGAGAUCUGUAAUAUUUUAAUCUCGUGCACGGCACUCUUAUUAUUGCUUGGCAAUGUGGUUGGAGUUGUAGCCCCACAGAAUGUUAGCCGCGUCCCUGUAUCGACUUUAAUGCCAACGGAUCUAAUUUCCGAGCAUCAAGAUAAAAUGACAACAAUAUCUACAACAUUUACAACUUCGGGCAAUAGCAUAGACAACACCAGCAACAGCAAUAAUUCUCUCAGAAUUGCGAAUAAUAAUAUUCCAAUACCCAUAGGAUCUAACAGCAUUGAUGGGCAAAGGCAUAAUCUGAAUGUAAAACUUUUAAAAGGUGAAAUCACAGGUUUAAGCGUAAAUGUCUCACUGUUUAUGCAAAAAAUUCCUCGACUACAGGUGCACUGGCAAGACAACUUGCCCAUAGAUACCACAUACAAUAUACUUGUGAGUGCUGUAAAUAGCACUCGCUGUCCGGACGCCCCCUGCAGUGAGUACACAAUUAAGGGAAAACCCUCAAAAUACAUUUAUUUGCCACAGAGUCCGAAUCCCAAUGUGGAAUCUGUCGAUUGCAAUUAUAUGUUCGGUUGCCAAUACAAUGUUACAGUGGAGACAUCGAAUUUACUCGCUCGACGCUCAAUGCGUGUAUUUAUACCACAUUGUGUGGCCGGCAAAUGCUCAUGUCAGCUGUCGCCGAUGCCACCCAAAGUACUUGCUAGGGCCAAAAUGCAAGCCAAUGAUACAAUAAACAUUGCCUUCACCAUUCAAGCCAGCGAGCAACUACGCAAAGAGCAGGACAGUCAUCUGCACGAGACUUUACAAACCUAUAAUAUGCAAGUCAAAAUCAAUGAGGAAAGCAAUCCCUCGCUGCCCUGGGGUGGUGUUCUAAAAAAUCUGGUCAACCGGGUGUACAAUGUCAGUGAAUUGAACUUUAAGCCAACAGUCAAGGGAUAUGAUGGAAACAUGACCAUAAAGCUGAACAAACAAUUGAAGGAUAAGGCCUCCCUUAACCUCCAGGCGCUUAUUAUAGACUCCAAUGGAUGUGAGGGGCAACGAAGUGUUUUCAAAUUUCUAGUGCCCCCUCAUCCCCAAAUACUAAACAACGAUGCAAAUUUGAACAAUUCUCUCAUCAUAAUGGCAACCUUGCUUAUAGCCGUGAUUCUUACCGGAUUAUUACUGUUUUUGUUGCGUCGUCGACGAACCAGAAACAAUGCACAGAUACAAAAAGAGCAAAUUUACAUGCAAUCCUUUGGUGCUGCGUCAGUUCAAAUGGAAGAUAACAUUAACUAUGUGGAUAAGUAUGUGGAGCAAUCACAGGCUCUGGGUCUGGCGGAUAUAUUCGAGGUGCCACACUCGGCUAUUCACAUCGGACAAAUGUUGGGCGAGGGCGCCUUUGGGCGUGUCCAUGAGGCGACAGCCGUCAACCUACGGCGAAUGCGGGGCACAACAAUUGUGGCCGUUAAGCAGCUGAAGGCAAAUCCAUCGGCUGAUGAGGUUGCUGAAUUUCUUUCGGAAAUCGAGAUGCUGAAGGGCGUGGGCACUCAUCAUAAUGUGGUUUGCUUCUUGGGCUGCUGCACCAUCCGGGCGCCAUAUUUGAUGAUCAUGGAGUAUGUGGGGCGUGGCAAUCUGUUAAAUUAUUUGCGUGCAGUGCGUCAGGAAUUAGGACAAUCUAAAUCACGCAAUGCUAAUUCAACAAGCUGUAAAACUGUUAGGCCCAACUCUGGAGGUGCUGCAAAGUCCCAGACCGUUAACUAUAUCGAAUUAAAGGCCUCCAGCCAAAGCAACGAGCUGGAUAAAUCCAUAUCCUCCAGCUCUUCCCCUUUUCCAGCUUCUGGUGAUGCUACAAGCAAUGAUGUUGCCCACAAGCUGCCGAUGCCCUCUUUUUCGGAAACUACAUAUACCAUUGUGGAGGAUGACGAACCAUUCGAGUACAUACUCGACAACAAGGAAUUGCAUCAUUUUGCACUGCAAAUUGCGAAUGGAAUGCGCUUUCUGGAGGAGCAAGAGAUUACACAUCGUGACCUGGCGGCCCGCAAUGUGCUUAUUGACAACAACAAGACAUUAAAGAUUUCUGAUUUCGGACUUUCGAGACAUGGCAUAUAUACGAACACAAGGACACGAAAAUUGCCAUUGCGCUGGCUGUCAAUUGAGGCUAUUCGAGAUAACUUAUACUCCAGCAAAAGCGAUAUUUGGGCCUAUGGUGUGGUGCUUUGGGAGAUUGGCACAUUAGGCGCGUCCCCUUAUCCAACAAUUAGUAACAGCGAGCUGAUACCGUUUCUACUGUCGGGCAAUCGCCUGGAGCGACCUGACAUUUGUACACCUCAAGUGUAUACCAUAAUGUUACAGUGCUGGCUUGAGGAUCCCGAGGAGCGACCCACCUUUGAUGCGCUAUACAAGGUAUUAAGUCCAAAGACAACAUAUGUGGACAUUAACAGUCUGAGCGAUGACUACGUAUUUCCACCAAUUAAAGAAUAAAUUUAAUUGUAGUUAUUAUAUAAUCUUAUCUUACGAUAUCUAGAUGUAUUAUUAAAAACUAUUCUAGCCUCUUGUAAUGCUUUUAUAAAGCAUGUCCGGGGGCAGUAUAUAUGUACUGAUCC